AUGGCUUCUUCAAAAGCUAAAGAGUCUGCUGUCCAAAAAUGGAUCGAUUCUGCCACCGGCUUACCCAGCUUUUCGCGCCAUACAACCGCAAACCUCGAGACGCGAACUAUUGCAGGAGCAGAGCUCUACUACGAGGGCUUCUACGGCUCAAUUGUGGCCGCGGCGAAGGCGCUUGGCGUGCCCUACAAGCGCCUCUAUUAUCGAGUCAAUGGGCAUCACUCAACGGCCGAGAAUGGAGGCAACCGUGCCCUGCUUGAUCCCUCGGAUGAAGAGGAGGUAUUUUGCUGGGCACAUCGCCGCAUCACACAGGGGCACCACAUCCAGGGUCGUGCGCUCCAACAACACGCCAACGCCAUUCUCAAGGCAAAGGGCGUGGGAGCUACAGCAUCGCGAGCCUGGGCCAAGCGCUUUAUACAGCGGCAUAGAGAACUCUUCCACCGUCGAAGAGCAGCAGCGCGAGACAUCAAACGGAAGGCUAUGCAAGAUCGCAUCCACAAGGCGCGGAAAGCCGACAAAACCCUCGCUCUCAACGGCAUCACCGCAACGGCCGAGAUGACAAAGAUAAAAGAGAAACAAGCCAAGCGCUCCAGUCUCCAGCAACAGACAACUAUUGUAGCGAGAUACGGCCCAUUAAGCGUCGGUGACGCUAGAAUUCGAGUCGCCCGAGACGAAUACAAUAGACAAGCGGCACAAGAAGAGGAGGCACAGAGAGUCAGGAAUAAGGAGGUUCGCGACGAAGCUGGCUAUAUACGCCGCUGGCUGCAAGGUACGCUUCAACGUCAGGAUUAG